CACUGAGCCACAGCUUCCCUGCCCAUGGUACUUCACUGCUCUUGCCACCUGUGGGCCCGUACUCAGGAAGGAGAAUCAGGAUGGUCAGGACCUAGAGACCAUCGUCCUCUCACUUGUCUCCCCAGCCCACAUGAGGCUUGUGAGAAGCUGAAGCCAAGGCUUUCACACGCAGCAGUCCUGAAUCUGCAUCUGCAGUGGCCGCCUCUGGUCUUGGUUGUACUCUAUGGUCCUAACUUCUUUCCCCCACCCAGCCCUCUGUGCACUGUCAUCUCAGAAGCCUUUGCCUUGCUUCUGGACCUAACUCCCGGGAGUGCUGGAUUCCUAGGGAGUUUCCCCUGCAGCCUCGGAGCCUCUCGGGUGGGAGGUGAGGAAGGAACUGAGAGGACCAGAAAUAUAAGCCAGACACCUAGAGAACAGCAUAUGACUCUUCAGACUCUUGAAUCUAAAUUUCUAAUGCAUCCUUCAAUGCCCACUCCAUCUCCUGGCCUUCUCAUAACCAAAACCACAAACCGGACACACAGCUCUUGUCCACCUGAGAGUGAGCCUGCCUAGUCCUGGCCCUGCACAACCCCAGCUCUUCCCUUAGUGGCCAGAUUAACAUUACCUAGUAGCCUUUGAGGUGCUGGAGCUACUGCUGGGCCACUGGCUCUUCUCUAAGCAGCUGCUUCCCACCAUUAGGACCAGCUGAGGGGUUCUGUGGACAGGGCAGCAAGAGGCUAACGCAUUUCCUGUGGCCUGGGGCUGGAUGCAGCUGCACUGAGCCUUGGAGCCCCCAGAAGGGUGCUGCUGAAAAGUAAGGCUCUCUACGAGAGCUAGGAAGUGGGAAUCGGGACUGUAGUUCUGGCCAAAGCAGCUGGGAUGAGCAAAGUGAAAGAAUGUGUGGGUAUGAUGGUGGCUGUCAGUGCUGCAACUUAUUUUGGGGAUGGGGGGAGUAGGGAGUCAGAGGAACGCCAGGAUAUCAAUGGCUGAUGUGGCACUGAGCCUCAGAUGGUCUCAAUGAUCCAGCUCUGGGUCCCAGUGCCUAGGAAUGAACAGGAUGGCUUCUGGCCACUGUGAGCAUUAACUGACGAUCAUCUUCCCUGUCAGUGCCUGCUCUGAAUUCUCUGGUUAGAACAAAAGUGGCCCUGAGCCAGGCACUGUGACACAGCCCUGCAAUCCCAGCUACUCCAGGGACUGAAGAGGGGGACUUCAAGUUUGAUGCCAGCCUGGUAACUUAGUGAGAUCCUGUCCCAAAACUUAAAAUCUGAGGGCUGGGGAUGUACCUCAACUUAGUGAGGUCUCUUCUAAAAUAAAAAAUGAGGGCUGGGAGGUAACUUGGUUACGGUAGAGUGCUUGCCUCAUGUGUGAGGCCCUGGGCUCAGUCCCCAGUACCGGGGGAAGGGCAGAAAGGAAUGAAAGAGAAAGAAUAAAAGUGAAAAUGAAAUGGGAGGCGGGCAGUACUUUCCCAGAAGGAGUUUGCUGCAUCCUGCCCUUCCCAGAAUGAGCUCUGCCCAUGGGCGAGAACAUCACCUUCCUGUAUAGUUAGGCUUAGAGGAAGUCGAGUCACAGAUAUAUAGAGCCAGGCCUACCAGCUCCAGACACAUGCAUCAUGACCAUGGGACAGAAAUGGACACCAGACUUCUCUUUGGGGGUCCUGCUUCUGUGUUCCCACACCAUCAAUCUCCUGGCCAGCGCCACACCUGCAUCUCAGACCAUCACAGCUACCACUGCCUCAGCUGCGAUCACAAAGGACCCCUGCCCUCCCUCACCUCCAGCGCUCCCAACACCUGAGUCGUGCCCAGCACUGGAAGUGACCUGGCCAGAGGUGGAAGUGCCACUGAAUGGAACGCUGACCUUGUCCUGUAUGGCCUGCAGCCGUUUCUCUCACUUCAGCAUCCUCUAUUGGCUGGGCAAUGGCUCCUUCAUUGAGCACCUCCCAGGCCAGCUGAGGGAGUGCAGCACCAGCCAUGUGCGGCAGCGUGGGAGCAAGGGCACCCGGCUGUGGAAGGCCUUGGUGCUGGAGGAGUUGAGCCCGGCCCUGCGAAGUACCAACUUCUCCUGUGUGUUUGCGGAUCCCGGACAGGUUGCCCACCAACACAUCCUCCUGGCCCAGCUCUGGGAUGGGCUGAAGACAGGCCUGCCCUCUCAACAAGCCCUGCCUUCUGGCCACAGCCCAGGGUCCCUGCUGCCCACAUCAGCAGGCUCAAGAAUCAGCACAGGCCAGCAACAGCAUGACCUCAAGCAGAGCCUGGGUCCCACUGCCUGCCUGGAAGGCGAUGUCUCCUACAGCGGCCGGCCACGCAGGCGAGCAGUCCCUUUGUGUGCACGUGAACUGCCCUUUAGCGCUUCACCCUCUUGCCUGCCUUCCUGCCUGCCCCAUAACUCUGCUAGAGUCCUGCUCUGUUCACGUUGCUGUCUUGCUCAGGAACCUCAAGCCCCGUCAGUGCCUUAGCCUGGCACACAAAGGCCCUGCCUGUAUUCCCAGCCUGACCCCAGAGGCCUACAGUGAUCUUUCCUUACUCCUGGACAGCUCUCGCUCCAGCCCUUUGUUCACUUUGUUCCCCACCACAACAGGUGAAGCCUGAAAGCAGAAGAGACAUCCACACGCUGCAUUAACUCACACUGUAGUUUUUCUCAGAAAUGAAGAACUGUCCCAGAGAAGGGGCAGUGGAUGCUUCUGAUCCCCGAGUGUGUCUCAUUCUCAGGAGGGCCUGAGCUGAGGCCUCAUAAAGGAUUUGUGGCGGCAUCUGGA